ACUUUGACAUUGUGUUGCAAGAGAAAGCAUAACAUGGCAACACGGUCAGACUUUGCGCAGAAGCUGCUGAGCGAUCUCCGGAUGAGGAAAGAACGGAUGGCUGCAUCGUCUCAAAGCUCAAGGCAUUCAACUGGGAUGGCUGCAGAUGUAUAUGGAAAUCCAUCACAGAACUACAAAGGUUCUCGACAAAUAAAAGCCCUAGAAUCUGUUGGUUCCAGACCAUCAACCUCACAGAGAAGGUCUAAUUCCCUCAACUUUGAGGAAACUUCAAAACAGCUUGUUCCUUUCAAAGGAGGCCGAAAUGCAGGGCAAAUCGGAGAUUUGUCCAUGGCCCUGGCUUUUGCACUCGAAAAUAGAGGAAAACUCACUAAAUUGGAAUCCUCAGGAAAUAAUUCAAUGCUGAGUUUUCUAAAUCACAUUGGUAGGAGAUCGUUGGACUUAGGGAAGAUGGAAAGAAGAAGCAGCUUUGAUGUGAACCAGUCUUCAAGCCGGAUCCCAACCCUCUCGUGUCUCCAAAUAAACGAAAUAUCAAAAGGGGCGCAGAAAUUAAACCAAAUCCUAAGAGCCUGCUCCAAUGGCCUUAAUUUUGAUAAGUAUUCGAUAGAAAUCGGGAGGGAACUACUGAAAGGGGCCAUGGACUUGGAAGAGUCCCUGAGAAUGCUUGUGAACCUACAAGAAGCUUCAGAAUACACGAUCACCCCUCAGAGAAAGAACCGAAUAACAUUGCUGGACGAGGAUGAAGAUGAUGAAGACAACACUGUCAAAAUAGCCGAAAACAAGCAAGUUGAUCGGCCGAGGUUUUCCUUCGAUAAGCCCUCAAGAAAUUCUCAUAAAAUCAAGGAGGUUACAAAGACCGAUUUCAAGCAAAGUCUGAAGGCCCUAACAUAUCCAACUGAAGAUCCUAAUUUUUCCAGAAAACAAGCUGUAAAUACCUCGCACUUGGUGCCCCAUAAGAGGUCGGCUAGUUGUAGCCCUGAUUUCAGAGGACUUGUACCGUUCACAGAAUCGAAGCAUCACAGGAGUUCAUCAGAAUCCAAACCUGGGAAGAAGAGAGUUUCAAAUGUAAUUGCUAAACUUAUGGGUCUGGAAGAACUACCACAAAAUGCAGAUUCUAAGAGUAAACUGAAAGAAUCAAGCUCAAAGCAGAAAGAAGGGAUGGUUUCGAAGAAUAUCGCACAUGCAAGUACCAAGAAUGCUGAAAUAAAGGCUGGAGAUAUUGAGAAUCAGGCACCUCUAGCCAUUGAGAAAAAACUGAUACAAACCAACAUACAAAUACCUCGGGAUAUACAGGUGACUCGAAGUGCCAACUAUGAGGUAAUGGUUCCUGACGGAAAAUUGCUUUGGAAGGAUUUGGGAAGGGAAGAUACAAUAAAUCCAGUAUCAGGUUCAAGGAAGGCCAGCGUUGCUAUAGAUAAGCAACAAAGAGAUAAAGGCCAGUUGUAUCAAUUUACUGGAGUUCAAAACUUUCAGGAAGGGGUGAGAAGACAGGAUAAUACAAAGCACAAAGAACAAAUAGGCAUGGAAAGGGGAGAAACCAAACAACCAGUCCUAAAGGAGGAUGUGCAAAAACAUAGAACUCUAGAAGCUGCAAAAAUGUCUCAAGAAAAAAUUGGAGGAAAGGAAAGCACACUUCAAAAAGAAAAAAGAAAUGCAAACAGGCUUCCUCCAAACAAUCAACAAAAGCCUCAGUAUGAUCAUGGAAUGCAUCAGAAGCAGGUCCUCAAAAAAUCUGAGCUCCAAGAAGAAAAGAGAGAGCAGCAACAUGUAAAACAAAAGUUCCAGGUUAGAAAACAGAGAGGAAAUGAAGCAGAACCCAAGAAUCCAUCAAAACCCAUGCAUGAUGCUACAGAUUUGCACAGAAAGCAGCAAUACAUGAACCAAACAGUGCAAAAUAAAAGAAGUUCUACAGCAUUUAUUGAUGAAAGGUUAUUGAAAGGGCUGCCAAAUGGCAAAAACCAGGAAGAUCUUGUCAGAGAUGGAAGUUCUGCUAACUUAAAGAUCAAUACAAGAAAUUCAAUAAAUGGGAGCUCAGAUCAAAAUGUAUUGCCAAGAGAGCUAGGAUCUGAAACAGACAACACAAAAAGAAGCAUCCCACCAGUUACAGAAGAGAAGCCUGUCCACGUCUCAGCCAUGCGAAGAAAGGUAGACCGUAUGAAAGUGCAUACAAGUGAGACCCCUCGAAAAAUAGAUGAAGCAAUCACAAGAAGAAAUGGAACUCGCCAUAACUCAGCAAGGCCACUCAAGCAUCAGAUUUCGAUAUUGCAAGAAAUGAAACAGAGAAAGAUUGAAAGGACCAGCGGCUCAAAAGGAGAAGAACAAAUGCGUGGCAGCAGAUCCAAAGAAGCAGAAGUGCGGAGCUUUAGGCCCGAGAUAGCAGAAGAAAGUAUUAUAUUGCCAAAUGGGGCACUCACAUCGAAUAAAGAAGCUGAACAUACUCCAACUUUGCACAGUUUUGGGGAAGACGAGAGCCAAAGCCCAAGUAUAACAUAUUUUCCUACUUCAUACGAAAGUUGCCAAGACACAGCCUCAGAACUUUCUACAGUCCAAGCACCUGCUUUCAGCGAUGGUCAACAACUGAAGUCUCAGAAACCUGUAUCAAGUUCACUUAAUGACGUUGCAGGAGCUAAUGGAGGAAGCAUUGAAAUCUCUUGCCUUACACAACAUGAACAUAAGGAACUUUCAACACCAAGAAUGCAAGAUCUAUUGACAGAUAAUGAAACACACCUCAAGCAGAUACUGAUCAAAAGUCAACUGUUCCUUAACACCGCAGAGGCAUUGUUCAAGCUGAACAUACCCAUCGGCAUUCUUGAUGUCACUGAUUAUAAUAGUCAGGAUGAAGACUGCAAGAUCAUCUUAGAUUGUGGCUAUGAAAUAAUGAAAAGAAAAGGAAGAAGACAGGAGCUCACACUUCAUAACAUUUCAAUCAUGUCCACAAAGGCGAUGUCUUUGGAUAACUUGGUGAAGCAGCUGUAUAAAGACCUUGAAAAGUUAAAAUUCCAUGGCAGAAAUGGAAGUGACGAAUACGAUGCUGCGGACUACCUGCUCAAAAUGCUCGAGACAGAUGUCCAAAAUAGAGAUCCAGACGUGAAUAGUAUGUGGGACUUGGGUUGGAAUGAGGUGAAGUUCUCAAUUCUUGAAAAAGACGACCUUAUAAGGGAUGUGGAGAGGUAUUUGCUCAAUGUAUUGAUCGAUGAGAUCAUGAAAGAUCUACUUCAUUUGAGUGUUCUUAUUUGACUCGUAAUUUGAGUGAAACUGUUUUAAUUACUACUGUCUAUUGUAAAGUGAAAUUCACAUUGUUGGAUGUGGGUUUUGGAAAGAUUCAAUUAAAAAGUAAUAUGCUUGUUUGCAGAUUCUCAGUUCA